GCAUAUACUUGAAGAAACAGACAGGCAUGAGUAACAGCUUCCCUCCAUGAACUGUGUUACAAACAGCUUUAAAGGUUUCUCAGCAUCAGUACAUCACUGUAGCUGAAAGAUGCCCCACGGUUCAGAUGAUGCUCGCAAAAGGUUUAUCUUGACCACAACAGGAAACUUCUAUGGGAUAAAACCUUCACCGUCCCUGACUGACAGCCCAGAGCUCAAUAACUUUCUGGACGAUGGAAAUGAGUUUGUCCUGUCCAUCAGCAGACAUGACGGAGACCUUCACUUGUCAAAUAAGAUUGAAGCAUCGGGGGGAAACAGAGAGAAGGUGUUGGUGUUCUUCAAGCUGUAUCCCACAGUCAUCACAGAAGACAACCUUCACCAUAGCGUCCUUGUGUCGUCCAUGCUGGAGUCUCCCAUCAACACCCUCUACCAGGCUGUGAGACAAGUCUUUGCACCUGUACUGCUGAAGGAUGAGCGCUGGCGUUCAGCAUUUGACCCUAAGCUGGCAGCUCUGCUGAGUGAGCUGGAGCUGGGCCUGGGCUCAGUGGUCCGCCAGUCAGGAGACCAUCCCUCUGCUAAGAAGGGACGCUCAGAGGAAGAUGUCCUCGGCAUCCUGACUCCCAGUGAUGAGUUCCAGUACUGGGAGGACCUGGCUGAGUCUGCAGAGAAGAACAGUUCGAGAGAGAGGGCUUUAUAUAUCACUGAGCAGUUUAAACCCAUACAAAAGGAGUACGGGGGUCUUGAUGGCCUUUCCAUGCCUGAUGUUGUGGAUCUGGUGGAACAGAGUAAAGACAGUCUGGAUGAUGUUUGGAGGCAAACUGAUUUUGACCCUUACCCAGAAACGCGCAUGGUGCGACUCAUGGAUGUUAUUGGUGGAGCCCUGGGAAGAUAUGUGCAGAAGAAGCUGAGUCGUCUAAAAAUAUUUGAGGAGCCUUUUGUAUCCAUGAGAGAGAACCUGAGGACGGGCGUUUCCAUCUGUGAACAGUGGGUGGUAGCCUGUGAGCAUCUGACUGGACAGGUGUGGAAGAGACAUGCUCCACACCCCUGGAAAGGAAACAAGCACUGCCCGCAAACCCUACAUUGCCUCGCUAAGAGAUUGGAUGAGGUGGUGACUCUGCGUAUCGUUCAUGAGAAACUGCUGCGUCUGCUACCAGCAGGGAAGCAGCAGGCUCUGACUUCAGAUCGAGUGUUUGAGCCUUUCUCUGGACUCAACCCUCUGCAUUACAACCCCUACACUGAGCCUCUCUGGACAGCAGCGGUGGCUCAGUUUGAGCGACUGAUGGCUCCCUCAGAACAGGAAGUCGCUGGCAGACUGAAGAGCUACAUUGCUGAUGUACAGGACAACCCACAGCAGCUGUUGCAGGUUUUCCAAAAACACAAGGAGUUGAUCAGACGUCCCACCAUCAGCAAAGAGCUGCAGUCGGAGAGAGAGACCCUACUGGCCAGACUCCUGGACUACAGCAAGGGCCUAAAGACUGACUUUGAGAGUCGUUGCCAUGGAGCUCCUGGAGACAAGUCUGGGCCAUUCAUCGGCAGGAACCUCCCUGAGGUGGUCAACAAAAUAGUUUGGGUCCGACAGCUCAUACAUAAGGUCGAGGACUCUGUCCGCAUAGCUGAGGCGCUGCUCUCAGACCUGUCCGGGUUUAAGGGGUUCCUGCAUUUCUGUGAUGACCUGCUGGAGGUUCUGAGGGCGUAUGAACAGGAACAGUUCGAGGACUGGUCGAGAGAUAUACUGUCAGGGCUGGCCGACCCAAAGUCAGGGAUCAGUCUCCAGGCCAGUAACCGUGUGAUGGACCUGGACCAUGUGGACGGCAGGCUGAAGAUCCAGUAUUCAGACAGGCUGGUCAGUCUGCUCAGGGAGGUCCGGCAGCUCUCCGCCCUGGGGUUUCCCAUCCCUGCCAAGAUCCAGCAGGCUGCUAAUACUGCAGACAAAUUCUACAGACAAGCCAUAGUCCUCAAACAGGUGGCCCAUUUCUACAACACCAUUGACCAGCAGAUGAUUCCCUCUCAGAGACCUAUGAUGCUUGGACUUGCCCUGGCCUUCGAACAGGUCAUCAAGAAUCCUCGUUCUCAGUCAAAGGAAUCUGGUGGUAAACUACAAAUCACAUGGGACAACCCCAAAGAGUUGGAAGUUUAUAUUGCCAAGUUACAAUCUGCCGCGGAGAAACUUUCCACCGAGAACAGGAAGUUACGCAAGUGGCACACUGACUUUAUCGACAAGGUUUGCAGCUUGCUGUUGUUGAUUAAAUACUAG